AGAAGGGUGAGGCGAAACAUGUUCGCGCUCGUCCGGCAGACUGUGGAACUCUUGCAACAGAGCCUGGUUGUUUCAGACAAUUGUACCCAUCAGUCGUCUGGCGGUUUGUUGUAUGGAGCGAUUUGCUAUGAUGUUGGAGGCUGCUGCCCAACUGAACAGUCUCAACAACUUUCAAAGUCCUCUGGAGGUUCUCUAGCAGCGUGAGAGACGCGCUAUGGAUGCUUAGAAGUCUCGUGACCUCGUGUAAUUUCGGCGUAUUGUUUUUCAAGCUGUAUCGCCCGACCAGUGAUAUCGCACAGUCAGCAGCAGUGAGAGGGAUGCCCUCGCAUGUAUAACUUAUUAAAUCAUCUCUGAAAGAA